AUGGUGACUACACGACAAACUCCCGUCGGACCCAACCUCCCUACAAAAGAAUUUGAGGACCUGAAGACCCUCUUUUUCGACAAGGACCGUAGUAAGUCGAAGGAGCUUCGCGAGGACAACGAGACGCUCAUCGAGACCAAGGUGCUGUUGGAAGAGCAGCUGUCAGCAUCCAGGGGGCGCUGUGACAAACUGCACACACUGGAGAAAGACAACCUGUUACUACGAGCUAAACUAAACGACUUGGAAAUGGAGCGGGACAAUGAGCGUCGGAGGAUGGAGGAGCUGGUGGAGGAGAACAUGCUGCUGGAGAUCGGACAGAAACAGAGUAUGAACGAGUCGGCUCAUCUGGGCUGGGAGCUGGAGCAGUUGUCCAAGAACCAUGACAACACUAACACAGAGACUCAUAAAUCCUUGGUCCACGAGCUGAACGAGUGUGUUUCCAGUCGGGUGUUGAAGCUGGAGAAGGAGAACCGAGAGCUUCAGACCUCUGUAGAGAGACUGAAGGAAGAGAACCACCUCCUGCAGGAGCAGCAGCUCCACACCCAGGAGCUGGACCGGGAGAACCAAGGCUUCAGCAAUAAGAUUGAGCGUCUCCAGGGUUUAUUGGAGCAGGAGAGACUGACUAAUCAGGACAUGGAGUCUCUGGGGGAGGAAAUACUGAAGGAAAAACUGAAUCUGGAGAGAGAUAUGCACACUCUGAGGGCGGAGAAAGACAGACAGAUCUCAGAGUUGGAGAGUGAGAAGCAGCACCUCUCUGAUGCCGUGGCGUCCCUUCAGGAGCGCGCUCAGUCCAACAGCGAGGCCAGGGUCCGCGAGGUGGAAACCCAGAACCGCCUCCUGCACCAGAACAUCACUGACACCAGCUCCCGAUUGGCCAGCUUAGAGACCCAACUCAAACUGGCCAAUGAGGAGGCAGAGAGGCUGGGGAGCAGGGCGGGGCGAUGUGAGGAGCUGGAGCGAGAGACGGCCAGGCUGGAGAGGGGCAGGGACACUUUGAGCAGAGAGCUGGCCUCUCUGCGUGUUUGCAGCGAGCAGUCGGAGGCUCUGGAGAAGCAGGUGUCCUCCCUGGAGCAGGAGGUGCACCGGCUGAAGCGGGAGCUGGAGGAGGCCCAGGGGGAGCAGCAGCGGCUUGGGAGGCAGGAGCCGGAGCACAGCCUGCUGUCCAAGGAGAACCUGGACCUGCGCUGCUCCAUGGAGAACCUGCGCUCCUCAUCCACCCGUCUGGCCUCCCUUCAGGACGAGCACAAGGAGGUGCAGAGACAGACUCAGGAUCUGCAGAGGAAGCUGGAGGAGGCCAGAGGGGAGGCGCAGGGAGAGAAGAAGAGGGCAGAGAGGCUGGAGCAGAAUAUGGCCGCUCUGAACCAGGAGAAGCAUCGCUUAGAGGAGGAAAUACAGAGAAGCAAAGAGGACAGGGAAGAGGAAGAGAGGGAGAGGCAGGAGACGCAUGUCAGAGAAGAGGAACUGAGAAGGGAAGUACAAGAACUGAAGAGCGAGCGGAAACGGAGGGAGGAAGUGGAAGAGGAGAGGAGGAAGCUCCAAGGGGCCUUGGAGCAGGCAGAGAAGGGCAGGAAGAACCUGGAGAAGGAGAGCUGGAGGAGCAGGACACUUCUGGAGGGAAAAGAGACGGAGCUGGAGGAGAAGGCCAGGAGGUUAGCCACAGUGGAGAAGGAGGGAGCAACUCUGAAGAAGGAAAUGGAGAGGCUGAGGGAGGUGUCGGUCAAAGCCAAGGAGCUGGAGAAGGAGAACAAAGAGCUGCAGAAACAGGCGACUAUCCACAAGAGGACUCUGGCCACGCUGAGAGAGGAUUUGGUGUCAGAGAAGCUGAGUGUUCAGCAGCAGAGUGUUGACCUGGAGAGACUCAAUGAAGAACUGGAGAAGAUGGGACUGAACAAAGAGAAACUGCUGCAGCAAGAGCACACACUGGAGGACAGCAGGUACAGGCUACUGGAGUCUCGGCUUGAGGAAACUGUCCAGCAGACAAUGAAGAUUAAAGAGGAGAAGAUCUUUUCUCUAGAAAGGAAACUGGAAGAGAGCGAAAAGCUCAAAACUAAGCUACGAGCUGACCUAUCCACUGGGGAAGAAAACCACAACUCCCAUCAUCAUUCGGAAAGUGACCGGGGUCAAGGGUCAGCCACGGCAGAACUGCUAAAAAUCAAAGAUCAUAUUAUCGAUAUAGAAAAGAAUAACUCCUCCCUGCUGACGGAGAGCAGCCUGCUGAAGGGGCAGCUCAAACAGCUGGAGAACCAGAACACGUCUCUGAACAACCAGAUGAUGGGGCUGCAGCGACACACCUCCACCCUGCAGGAGCAGAACUCAGCACUACACAAAGAGACAGCAAAACUACAGGUGGAAAACUCCACAAUCUCUUCCCAGAGUGCAUCCCUCAUGGCCCAGAAUGCCGUGCUGCAGGGCCAGGUCACGGCCUUGGAGUCGGAAGUGGAGUCGUGGCAGAGGCAGCGGGAGGAGGCGUGGCGAGGCAGAGAGAGCGUGCUCAGCGAUCACGAGCGCCUGCUGAAUGUUCACGAGAGGCAGGCUCAGGAGUACGAGCAGCUGAUCAGUCAGCACACCGCUCUGAAGGGCAAACAGAGGGCGCUAGAGAGCGAGCAGCGCACACUGCACAGCAAGUAUUGUAUUUUGGUGCAGCAGAAGGAGAAAUGGGACGAGCAGGAGGGGCACGGCCGAAAAGAGAAGGAGGAACUCAACCAGGAACUCCAGAAGACUCGGCUACUACAGCAGGAGAAUCUACAGCUCAAAUCAGAAGUGGACAGACUAGCAGAGAGCCAAUCCCAGCAGUCCGGGCAGUGUGAGGGGCUGCAGCACCGAGUGAGCGAUAUGAAGGGCUUACUAAGCUCCUCCCAGCAGGAAGUGAGUCGAUGGAUGGCACAACACGACUCCCUGAUGGAGCAACACCAGGGCCUGGAUCUCACCAUGACCAAACUGGACAACCACUGUGAGCUGUUGAGUCGACUGAAAGGGAACCUGGAAGAGGAGAACCACCAUCUGCUGAGUCAGAUCAACCUGCUGAGUCAGCAGAACCACACUCUCCUGGAGCGGAGCAUGGAGAGCAAAGAGCUGUAUCACCAGGAACAGAAACUAUACAUAGAUAAGCUGAACGCUCUACGUCGUCAGAAAGAAAAACUGGAGGAGAAGAUCAUGGACCAGUACAAGUUCUACGACCCCACGCCUAAAAAGAGGAGCCAGUGGUCCGGAGCCAAAGCUUUGGCCAAACUGAUCAAACCCCGGAAGGAGAGCAGCAGGGAGCGGGGGGGCGACCGGGACAAGGAGGCAGGCAAAGACCGAGACCGAGAACGAACCAAGAGCGCCCCGGACAUCCCACUGCCCUCCCCCCCUCCCCUCCUCCCUCCUCGAAACCCCCCACCACAUCACCAGCGCUCAGGAAAUUACACGCAGGACAGCGGCCAUGCCCACAGUAACCAUAACAACCACACCGCCAGUCUGGGACCCCAGAGCCCAGCAAUCACACCCAUCAGCGCAGGUUUGACGGACAGGGGCCGGGGGGGUUAUCGUAGCAGCCCCCCAGGAGGCAGCAGCGAGAGCGUCAACGGAGAGAACGGACAUGGACAAG